UAGCACCCUUUAAGUAUGUGCACAGAAUUAACACAGAGAGAGAAAUAAAAGAGAAACCCUAAUUUUGUUACUGUUAUUCUUCUUCAAAGAAAACCCCAAAUUUGAACGCUUCAAAUUCAAUUCAGGAAACCCUAGUGACUAAUCUCGUUGCGAAACGGCGAUUGAAGAUGAUCGUGAGCCAGAAGGUGGUAGCGGAAGCGGAAAUUAUCUGUCAGCAGAACAUUCCGAUGUUGGACGUGAAGUAUCAUAUUUGCGUGGCGCAAGAACACAACGUGAAGGUUGAGGUUUCUCCCAAAUCAUCUUCACCUUCUGUUCCGAUCUUUGGCCAAGCAGUGAGUUGCUCCGAGAUCAUUAAAGAUUCCAUUUUGGAGGCCCCUGCGAUGAAUCUUGUCCCAAAUGUGCGUUCUGGUAGCUAUGCUGAGAUGGGACCGCGGGUUUCUAUGGAUGACGAACACAUCUGUAUUGAUGACCUAGGUGCUCAACUUGGAUUUGUGUUCAAGUGCCCGAUACCGAGUGCAUUUUAUGCAGUUUUUGAUGGUCAUGGAGGGCCUGAUGCAGCUGCUUUUGUUAAGAGGAAUGCUAUGCGAUUGUUUUUUGAAGAUGCAGACAUGCUGCAGUCAUAUGAUGCUGAUGCGUUUUUUCUACAGAAGUUGGAGGAUUCCCAUCGGAGAGCUUUUCUACGGGCAGAUCUUGCCUUGGCUGAUGAACAAACUGUUAGUAGUUCUUGUGGGACUACUGCAUUGACUGCCCUUGUGCUUGGAAGACAUUUGCUUGUUGCUAAUGCUGGUGACUGUCGAGCAGUUCUUUGCCGGAGAGGUGUGGCUGUUGAGAUGUCUAACGAUCACAGGCCAAGUUAUCUACCUGAGCAGAGGAGGGUGGAAGAGUUAGGUGGGUUCAUUGAUGAUGGAUAUCUCAAUGGCUAUCUUUCAGUAACUCGAGCCCUUGGGGAUUGGGACUUGAAAUUUCCACUUGGUGCUGCAUCCCCUCUUACUGCGGAGCCGGAUGUACGGCUGGUUACAUUGACUGAGGAUGACGAGUUCUUGAUCAUUGGAUGUGAUGGGAUUUGGGAUGUAAUGUCUAGCCAAGUUGCAGUUAGUCUUGUUCGUCGAGGAUUAAGAAGGCAUGAUGACCCACAGCAAUGUGCCAGAGAGCUAGUCAAGGAAGCAUUGCGCCUAAAUACAUCAGAUAAUCUCACUGUGAUUGUCGUAUACUUGUCGCCCAUUGAAAGCAUUGUUGAAUCAUGUCCACCCCAAAGGCGAAGAUUCAAAACUUGCAGUCUGUCUGAAGAAGCCCGUAAUAGGUUGAAGAGCUUAAUUGAGGGAAAUUGAUUGUAAAUGCAAUUCUUGUGUUUGAUAAAUGUUCCUUUCAUAAAAAAAUUAAUCUGUUUUUUGGCUGUUUCAGAGAGCUAAAAAGCAGCCAGCAGUUUUGUAGUGAUAGAAAAGGGAUAUUUGGUGAGGGGGUAGAGGGUCUUUAGACCUAUUUAAUUGGGAGGUAUUUUCUGGGUUACGUACUUACGUUGGUAUAUGUAGAGACAAUUGUUAGCUAAUUUUGGCGGAUUAGAUUCGGUCCCCACCACGGCCGUUCCCAUUUUACAUUGUUGAUGCCUCUGUAAAUAAGUUUGGGCUUCCUCACCCAUUCUCCGGGGUGCAUGCCACCAAAAUUUAAUUGUCAUUUCCUAUGUUUACUUCAAUGAGGGGGUUGUCUGAGGCAUACGAUGGCCGAAUGCAUGGUUGAGUUUCUUGUUUGUUGUUCUCGGAUCCUCCAUGUUUUAUGGAUAGAUAUGCUUGGCCCAUCUUAUCACUGGUAGGGCCCAUGUCAUGGGACAACAUCAUCCUUUGGCAUCAUACAAGCUAAAUCGCGUAUCUUAUGUGAUGAAUUUUUCCCCUUUGAUAAAAAGGAGUGUGAUUAGAAAUAUUAUUUUUGGUUAGUGUCAGUUGUUUUGUCAGUUGCCCUUGGGCAACCAAAUGCUCAGACUUUGGUAAGGUGUGUAAGGCCGUUAUUUCGUUAUCUAAAUCUUUCAAACGUAUGAAUAGGGAAAUUUGCUAUUGUGGCAUCCAUGAUCCCAGAAGUAA